UCGAUUUCACUACAUUUCUAGGAACGUGUCCGCUUCCCUCUUUCUUUUUUCUCUUUUAUCCCCCCUCCCCUUUUUCUUUCAUUAUUCUACCUCCUCCUCUUCCUCCUGUGUUAUACUCCACAUCUAAUUCACUUUAUCUCCUCCUCUUUUUAUCUGCUCCCUCCCUGUAUUCACUCAUCCUCUCAACCCUUUUAUGUGAUCAUCUGGUUCAGUGAUCAGGCUGCCAGGAAAUGUCCAGCAAAGAAUGAAACCAUGAUGAAAAAGUAGAAGAAACAGAAGAAUGCUUGUGAGAAACAGAUUUCUUCUACUGCUGGCAUUUGCUGCACUCCUUGCCUUUCUAAGCCUCAGUCUACAAUUCUUUUCCAGAUGGUUGCCUGUAAGCAUGCAGCUCAAGACAGAAACACAUGUGUUUCCAGUGCAGCUGAUCGCAGGUGUCCCAGGUAGAAAUGAUGGACUAAGCGGGAAAAAUCGUAAAAGAAUAAUGCCAGCUCCUAAAACAGAGCCUCCAUAUUUAGAUCCUCUUCAUGAAGCAAAUCUUUACUGCAACACUCCUGGAAUAAAGGAGAGGAGCAUGGAAGGCCAUGCACCACACAAUCUGAAACUUGUGUCCGUCCAAGUUAUGAUUCGCCACGGAGACCGAUAUCCAUUAUAUGCCAUUCCAAAAACAAAGAGACCCGACAUUGACUGUAUCCUGGAACCAGAAAGGAAGCCUUCUCAUCCUCAUUUGGCUAGUUUUAUUAGCCACAUGUCAAAAGGCUCAGAAGCACGAAUGGAUGGGACGUUGAUUAGCCUUCCUCGUUUCCCCAGCCAUUCUCUGUGUGAGAUGGGAGAACUAACUCAAACAGGUAUUGUGCAGCAUCUUCAAAAUGGGCAGCUAUUACGUGCAAUCUACUUAAAGAAACAUAAACUACUUCCAAAUGAUUGGACUAUAAAACAUCUGUAUUUUGAAUCCACUGGAAAAAGCAGAACAUUACAAAGUGGGCUGGCUCUGCUCUACAGCUUUCUACCUGACUUUGACUGGAAGAAGAUAAAUAUUAGGUACCAAUGGAGUACGAUAUUUUGCUCUAGCCAGUGUGACUGCCCAAUAAGGAAUCACUACUUGGAAGAAGAACAGCGUCGGCAGUACAGCUUCAGAGUAAAAAACAACCAGCUAGAAAAGACCUACAUAGACAUGGCAAAAGUAGUAGGUGUUCCUACUAGACAGCUGCGCGCAUCAAAUCCCAUUGAUUCACUGUUGUGCCAUUUUUGCCACAAUGUAAGCUUCCCAUGCACUAAGAAUGGUUGCAUUGACAUGGAACACUUUAAAGUUAUCAAAGCUCAUCAGAUAGAGGAUGAAAAAGAAAGGCACAAAAAGCAACUUUAUUUUAAGUAUGCCCUGAUGGCUACUCACCCCCUUUUAAACCAGACUAUUAAUAGAAUGCAGCGGAUUUUGGAAGGGAAGAAUGAGGAAGUUUUUGCAUUGUAUUCCGCCCAUGAUGUGACUCUUUCACCAGUUCUUAGCUCACUUGGGCUCACAGAAGCCAGAUUUCCACGAUUUGCUGCUAGGUUGGUCUUUGAACUGUGGCAUGACCCAGAAAAAAAAGAAGAACGUUAUGUUCGAAUUCUUUAUAAUGGAGAAGAUGUCACUUUUCAGACAUCUUUCUGCAGAGAACAUGAAAGACGAUCAAAGCAGCCACUCUGUCCUCUUUCAAAGUUUGUCAACUUUGUACAAAAAGAAAUGUUUUUAGCUUUCAAUAGUACUAGUUAUUAUGAGUCCUGCCAUCAAAGAUUGUAAAAAAAAUGCACAUUAUUGAAUAUCUGAGUGCGAAAAAGUAAAUAAAUGUAUCUACAACACUGUACAAAAGGUUUUCUUUUAAGUUUUAUAUAGUGCAUCACAUAAAAGCCAACAUCAGGGUAUUUUAUCUUCUGUAUUAUCCCUGGUAGUUUUUAUCAUUAUUAAUGAAACAAAAUUCUACAACUCGCUAAGUGACUACUAGGAGGAACUGGAACAAACAUUUCGAGGUUGAUCACAAUCUUGUGAAAAAGUUAAUCUAAUCAUUAAGCUACAAAAAUCACCAUAGACUUUUUUGAUUACUUUUUAUUAGUUUUUGUAGAAAAUAAUCAUUAGAUAAACUUUAUACAGGAUUUUGAUUGACCUCUUCAUCACACUACUUUAGUACAAAUAAGCAGUCACUUGUUUAUUUUAGUGUCUGCUUUUGAAUGCAGAGAGUAUAGGCAGGGUGUACUGAUGACCUUUAAAAAGGUCAAUUUGAUAUUUAUUUAAAAAAAAAAAUGAACAAAAGUAAAAAUAAAAUAAAUAAAUAAAAAUCUAAACCAAGAAUGAAAUAUGUUCUUAUAACAUCCAUAGAUGUUGUGUAGCAUUUUGUAUGUAUUUUGUAACUGUCAACAUAUUUUUUUAAUGUACAUUACCAUUUUAUUAAAUAUUGUCUCAUUUCGUUUUGUUAGGAAAUAGAAUUUAUUUUCUAUUAUAUCUAGCAGUGUUUGUUUCUUGGUCAUCAAGUUUGUAUCGUGUAUCCAACUUCAGUUUAGCAUUGCUUUAUUAGUUAAAAACUGUACACUUAAAAAUAAAAAUAGCUAGAAGAUAAAAACUGUAUGAUUACUGGUGCUAUUUUGCCCUUUGUAUUACAAUACUGGAUGAUCUUUGAAUAUUAGAUUGUGGCUGUUGAAAUAUAAUUUGCCACCAGAGGGCACUGUGGAAAAAUCUUCUAAAAAGAACAGGUCCGUCCUUUAAUAUUAUACUGAAAGUAGAGUCAUUUUUAAUUGAUGUUUUCUCGUAGUGACCAAUCUCCUGUGAAUAUUUUUUUAUAAUUUUACUUAAUUAACUAUGACUAAGUAAAAUGUACAUGAGACAAAUAUUGUAAAAUCACAAUAUUUAUUCAUCAAGAUGAGACCAUUUUAAUUUGUAGUCCUAUAAAAUUGUGUUUUUUGUGAAGAGAGAAUUAUCCAAGUUACACCAAAAAGAGAUUACUUCUGUAUAACGUGUGUAUGUCUUUACUUAUUUGUUUAUAGAAACACACAAGUUUGUAUUCUGAUAAAUUAGGAAGACAAACAAUAAUGUGUUUGUUUUUCUCUCUUUAAUGUAAUUGUUAUUUGCUUAUGUUAAAGCCUAUGCACAUUUUCAUAUCAUCUUUUAUUAAUAGACUACCUUGUUUAUGUAUUCUAAUUGUUUCUAUGUUGUACCACACAAACAUUGUUAAAAGAAGACUUGAAUCCAUUUUUUUUUCUGGAAACAAUUUCUAUAAAGAACAAUCAAAACUGUUUUGCACAGGAUCUUUUAAUUGUAUUGUAUUUGUCAUUCUGUUCUCUAAUGCAGUGUUUGUAUUUUUAACCAAUGUUUCACAUUGUAUUAUUCAUUUUAAACUUGAUUUAAAUUUAAAAAAUCAAACCAACCAAUACAUUUAUAUGCAGUCCCUAUUGUGAGGAAUAUUAUGUUUCUAUACUGUAUUGGAAACAAUUUGAAGGGGGAAAGAGCAAGGGUUAGAAUUCCUUUACAAUAUAAAAAGGCUCUUAACCAAAUAAACUGACUUUAAAGGGACAUGAAACCCAACAUUUUUAUUUUGUGAUUUGUUGAAGAGAUAUCUAAAUUGGUAAUAUGCACAUUGCUGAAGCAGUACAUGACAGGAAACGCUGCCACCUACUGUUCUUGCAAAUGUAUAACUGUUAUAAAACAGAUGCCAUACAUUGCCCAAGUCACGUGCACGCUUCUACACAUUCCUACCAGCUUUUCAACAGAGGAUAACAAGAGAACAAAAUAAAUUUGCUAAUAGAAGUUAAUUGAAAAGUGUUUUUUUUUAAUUUUCAUUUUACGCACUAUCGGAAUCAUGAAAUAAUUUUGGGAGGUUUUAUGUUCCUUUAAUCACAUUUUAUACAAUUGUGUAUAUUAUUGUAGCAAAAGCUUUUACAUAGCUGUUGGUUUUCAUCAUGUUUUGCUAUUUGUUAUUUAUUUUUAAAUCAACAUUACUUUCUCUCAAUAAAUAAAAAAUUUUGGUACA